CGGCCAUACACUGGGCCCUUGCACGUCCGCUCCAAUUGCCCGCCGCGCUCCCUCUCCGCCCUCAACCUGCCGCACGCCCCCGCAGGCAUCCGUGGUGUUGUGUCGCCCGCGCAAAUUCCAGCACGCUACCGCGCAACCACAACAGGCAUCCGCUGUUCUUGGACACAUUCAUAUUGACAAUCCCUUCAUUCGCCCUCCGUGUUCUCCCGUCUCUGCCCUUCAGCGCGACCCCACGGCCUGAAUAUUAAUACACUGGCGCCGCGGCUGCUUUGAGGUUUGCAUCCACCACAGUGCACCGUUUUAAUGGCCCCGCAGCCAUCCUCACACAUUUUCCAGAAGCUCAAGCUCGAUACCUCGGCGCCCCACAAGCGCGUCUCUUCGACUUUUGAUUCGAUCCCGCGCCCAGACUCCAUCCAUGCGCAGUCGCAGGAUGACCUCGAGCAUGUCGAGGGCCACAAGAUCACCGAUGGCCCCUUCAAGACCCGUCACCACAACGGCUCCCAUGGCCACAUAGCCGCCUAUGAGGGCGGCGUGGGCCGCUCGCUGGGGCGCACCGUCAGCAAUGAGAGGACCAUCGAGGACUUGUUUCGCCGGCGCAAGACGUCCAUCAGCUUCGACAAUGAGGUCCAGCUCGACACGGGCGAUGUCGUCGGUCUGGAGGUUCCUGUGCCCAAGCCGAGCGCGCGACAGUCGCCGUCCUACACGCCCGAAGAGGGCAGCUACUCGGAGGGCGACUACCUCGAGAUGCCCUUCAACUCGCGCCGGGCUCUGUCGCGCCAAGCAACCGCCCAUGGACGCUACCCAUUGCUCCAGACCACCGUCGACGAGAUGGCCACAGACCCUGAGUACAACGACCAGGUCGCGUCCCUUACUUCUGAAGCCACCGCCUCGCCGCUUGAAGAGGCGCGAACGCCAAUCGAUGCUCGCAACGAGUACAUGCUGUCUCCACUACCCUCCACUAGCUCGCCGUUGGAAUUCCCGCUGUUCUCACCCAUGAGCCGCGGUCCGACCAGGAAUAGAAGCUUCCGAACGGAGAUCAGCGAAGACGGCAGUCUGAGGCGAGCCAGUCGGCGGUCUUCCGGCCGCUCGGGUCGCUCCCUUUCCUCCAUGUCUCCCGCCGCCUCUUUCCUUGCACGCUACAAGGCUUCAGAGGCACCGCUGAGAGAGCCGCAGCCAGACGACGAGGGCCAGGGUCUUGGCUACGAUAACGAGUACAUCAUUGGCAAGCAGAUUGGUUACGGUGGGUUUAGCAUCGUCAAAGAGGUUACGAGCAUGGAGAACGGGAAGCCGGUGGUUGACGCUGUCAAGAUUGUACGGAAGCAGCAGAGUAACAAAUCUGAGUUCGAGAACGAAGCGCUACAAAGCCAGUUCGACCAUGAGGUGGAAAUGUGGCGCUUCCUGCGCCAUCCAUAUAUUCUCCCCCUCAUCAAAGUCUACACCACCGACUAUGCCACGUUCUGUAUUACGAAAUUAAACAAAGGCGGCACACUGUUUGAUUUGAUACGCGACACACGGCGACAACAAAAGGUCGGACUUUCAAAGCAGCUGGUGAAGCGUUACGCCUAUCAGUUGGCUUCUGCGUUGCGCUAUUUGCAUAACGACGUGUGCGUGGUUCAUCGCGACGUCAAACUCGAAAACUGCCUUCUCGAUAUGACUGCACCCGACGCCGCGACCGCGGGUGGCGAUGUACUCCUGUGCGACUUCGGCAUGGCAGAUUUCAUCGUGCGAGACGAUCGCGAAGGCCCCGAGCCGCAUUCCAGUGGACAAAACCCGAACAUCGGUCCCGCCGACACUAGCACAUCGGUGCAGGGCAGUCUACAGUACGCAGCACCCGAGCUAUUCAGCAGCACUGGAGCUGUCAUGUUUUCCCCCGCGGCCGACAUUUGGGCGUUCGGCGUCGUGCUCUACGCGCUGCUCACCGCGACUCUCCCUUUCAACGAGGGCCUAGACGCAAAGACCACCACGAAAAUUUUGAACGGCGAGUGGGAUCAGGAGCUCGUGCGCACUGCGACGGCGUUGCAGGACGGUGGCGCCGAGGAGGCGCUCACCCUGUUGAAGGGCUGCCUGAACAUGGAUGCCGAGCAACGCUGGACCGUCUCUGACAUUCUCGACUGCUGCUUUCUGCGCGACUGCGCUGAUCAGUACGAGGGCGUGUCGCGCUCUUGGACCCCCAAGGAUUGAAGGGCAUGCGCCCUUCCUUGACCUACACGACCUAUACAGAUCGGAUUGAUGAUGCUGGACACGAUACCCCUCUCACUUUUCUGCUUCUCUCAUCAUCGCAUUUUUACCUCUCAGCACUUUGUUUGCUACUUUAUGGAUACCCUGUUUCGCCCCACUCAGUCAUUGGGCGGUAGUCUAUUGUUGUUCGAUUUUUGCUCAAUUGGUUCCUUGGGAUACGCAUGCAAGCGUUUCGCGUUCAUUGUACUAGAGCAUAGUGAGCAGUGCAGACUGCAGUUGCGACUAAUACUAGAGUGUCAAAAGUCAUGUUUGAGUGUUACAAUAGUCUCUCCCUUAUCAACGAAGUGCUUUACUUAGGCCA